AUGGCUUCCGACUUGUCGCAGGUCGACUGGCCUACCUUAAUGUCGUUGCGCGACACCGACAACGCCGUGUGGGCUAUCACUCACAUCCCUCUCUGCCGCCGGCUGCCUGUUGAGCUCAAGGAGAGUAUCCUUUCCUUCGUGAUGUUGAUGUCGCAGCCCACCAUUGGAGGCCUGGCGGCCACUCGAGCCGACGUCGAUGAGCCACAAGGCCCUCGAGGCGACCCAUCUAUCCCACCAUCAAAUGGAAAGUCACCACUCCUCGCACUACCUGCCGAGCUGCGCCGUGCCAUCUUUGCCAGCUUUCUGCCCAACAAGCAGCGCACUAUCAAGCCUCGAUGCGAGCGCGAGGGUGCGUUCGCCAGACGCAACUUGGGUUCGCCGAGAAAGAACAGGACGAGCGACUUCAUGGUUCUUUGUCGCCAGAUCAAGCAAGAAAUCACUACCGUCAUCUACCAGGAGCGCACGUUCGAGAUCCAUGUGCAUGAGGGAGUCACCGGCGGCGGCAUCGAGGUCCUCGAUGCUGGACGCCAGCUUCUCCAAUACUUGUCGGAGGACUAUGGCAUCGACACGCGAUUCACUCGCUUUGGUGAUGGCGAGGAGUUUGGCUUUGACCGCUUCAAGAAGAUCAACAUCGUCAUCUUCCCGAAGACCAACAAUCGCGAGGAGCGCCACACUGCCAUGAACACCUACUUCAUGAAUUUGGCACUCGCUCACAUGCUCGAGCGCGGUUGCGUGAAGGACACCGACCCCAUCAUCUCCCUCAACAUCAUCUUCGACAAGACCCCUUGCGCACGCUCAGUCCCGCAAGCUCAGCCUGUGUCAGGCCGACUCAACAUCAUGCGCAACGAGAUCCACUGGUGGGAUCCAAGCCUCGACCAGCCGCUCAGCAGCGAGGUCCAUGGCAUGUCCGACAUCGAGCUCAUCCUACGCCCUUUCUCCAUCCUUCGCAAAGUGCACAACGUCAACAUCAACCUCCCGCCCAAGAUCAAUGCAGAUGCCAAGACAUUGGAGUUCGUUAAAGAUCUGAAGGCCACUAUGAGGAGCGACUCCGAGACGGCCCCGUUCAGACAGGAUGUUAGCUUCGAGAUGCAGGCGAACGCGAUUAAGUUCGACCUCCUCAACUCCAACUUUGGAGACAUGUUUGGCAGAAACGGCGAUCACAUCGGCGACCUCACCGAGCAGGAGAUGGGUGAUGCUGGAGACGGCGAGGCAGACGGAUCGGCUAAGCAUGUCUUAUCGUCUCCCACAGAUGAUUCAGAUCCCAAGCGGUCCAAGACAGAUUACCACUCUCUCCACGAAGCGAUGUAUGGCGAUCUCUUCGCUGCCACCUAUGACGAGGAUGAUAGCGACGACGAUGACGGUCCUCCGCCACCUCAGUCCAACGCGAACGGAAAGCAGCGAGACGUGGGCGAGGUUCCAUCCGACAAUGGAGACAACAAGUCGGCAAUGGCCCAACAUGGAUCACUCAGCAUAUUCCACGGUGCCUCUGGUCGUUUCCCUUCUUUCACUUGCUUCAACGAGCCUGGCACCGAUUCCAGCCCACCGUCAACUACCACCGAUGGUGAGCGCACGUUCAUGUCGUACACGCCGCGUCUGUUCGGCAGCACGAACACCAAUGACGAGGCUCCAAUCCCUUGA